UCUCCACCUUUCCUUCUUUUUCAAAUACUCCCUCCAUAAAAGUCUUGUAUUCUGACCCUCAAUCAAAGUUCUGCAACUCCACAUUCCUCUCCUUCAAACCCAAAAGCUGACAAAGUAAAUAGCAUGGUUGAAAUUCCUUCCUCAACACCUUUUUAUAUUCAAACCUUGUAACCAAAACCAUCAAACCAUUCAAAAAAGCACUUUAAAUUCAUUCUAAGUCCACAUACUUUGCUUUUGGGGUCUUUAUUCCCAAACAAGACCACUUGGGUUUCUUCCAACUGAGAAAAAAAGAAACGAAGAGAUGAAGAAUUUUUGUGGAGAUUGCCUCAGAUGGGUCUGAUUUUCUAUAGAAGAUAUUCAUAUGGGCAGUCUGUUUCUGGGAAAUCUUCAAUUGGGUCCGUUUCUUUAUUGAGGAUCAGCUAUUUCCAGAACUAGAGUUCCAAUAGAAAGGAGAGAAUUGAGUGAUUUUUCAUGUUGCAUGAAAAGCAAUUUUGGAAGAUUGGAUUUCUUGAAUAUAUUGUAUAAAGAAGUGGUUUGAUCACUGUAGUGGACUUGGAUUCCUGAAUUCAGCAUUGCAACAGCAUAAAAGGUGGGGUUUGGAGUAAUUGGAGUUGGGUUUUCCUUGUUUUCUCAUAUAUUGGCAAAUGCCAUCAUCCCAGGGUCUUGUAUUUCUCAUGAUUCCAGCAAGUUUUGCUGUUCUUGUUCUUCUUCCAUUUGUGGGCUCAUCUCAUGAACCAGCAAAACUAGUCAACAGUCACAGGAACCACCAUCAAAACAAUCACAAGCUGAGCCCUCAACUCUCAUUCCAAGUUACACUCCAUGGCUUUCUCCUUUGGGCUUCAAUGGGAUUUCUAAUGCCUGUUGGUAUACUUAUCAUUAGGAUGUCCAAUAGAGAGGAAUGUGGGAAAAGAGUCAAGGUUCUCUUCUACCUCCAUGUUAUUUUACAGAUUGCUUCAGUUCUUCUUACCACUGCUGGGGCAGUUAUGUCAAUCAAGAACUUCGAGAAUUCCUUCAGCAAUACUCAUCAAAGGAUAGGAUUGGCCCUCUAUGCUCUGAUGUGGUUGCAACCCUUGAUUGGGUUUUGCAGACCCCAAAGAGGGGUCAGAGGAAGGAGCAUAUGGUACUUUGUGCAUUGGAUACUUGGAACUGGAGUUUGUUUACUGGGAAUCAUCAAUAUAUACACUGGCUUACAAGCCUAUCGCACAAAGACCUCAAGAAGUACAAAGCUGUGGAGUUGUCUUUUCUCAGCUGAGGUCUCUCUCAUUGCAUUCCUCUACUUGUUCCAAGACAGAUGGGAGUAUAUGCAAAAGCAAGGAGUGAUUUUGGGUGGAGAACCAAUCACGCCAACUGAUCAGAUUACUUCGCCAAAACACACCCAAAAGCAGUUGGCAAUAACUUGUUGAAAGAGCAAUGUCUAGAUGUUUUUAAUUCAACUUACAUGGGGUUUUCUACCUUCCUUUUCCUUAUUCCUUUUUGGGUUUUUUCUAUGGAGAUAAGAUGUAGAGUUGUAUGGGAUUCCUGGGAGGAUUGAUGCAAGAUAAUGUAAUGGGAAAUGAUAUAUACACCCUAUGUUUUCUUUUAAUGCAUACAACCUGUUUCUACUUGUGGUAAUAGAAUGGUAUCUGGGUAGUGCUAAUCUAAUAUCAAAAGUGGAAAGAUAGGGGUGUGUGUAUCAAAAGAGAGGGUGUAGAUAUCAGUUCCCUUGUGCUAAAGAAGUAUUGAGAUUGGUUUUGGAUUUUGAGAUGUUAAUAAUGCUAAGCAUCUGUCUUAAUAUAUAAUGAGAUUGGCUUUUUCUA